CCCAGGCCGCCUGACGUGGCUGGUGUACAUCAUCGGCGCGGUCAUCGGGGGCCGGGUGUCGUUCGCCAGCACGGACGAGCAGGACGCCAUGGACGGGGAGCUGGUGUGCCGGGUGCUGCAGCUGAUGAACCUGACGGAUUCCAGGCUGGCCCAGGCCGGGAAUGAGAAAUUGGAAUUGGCCAUGCUGAGCUUCUUCGAGCAAUUCCGCAAAAUUUAUAUCGGAGAUCAGGUGCAGAAAUCUUCCAAGCUGUACCGAAGGCUCUCCGAGGUGCUGGGGCUGAACGAUGAGACCAUGGUGCUGAGCGUGUUCAUCGGAAAGAUCAUCACCAACCUGAAGUAUUGGGGUCGCUGUGAACCCAUCACGUCCAAGACGCUGCAGCUGCUCAAUGAUCUGUCCAUCGGAUAUCCUUUGGGAAAAGCACCCAUGGGUGCUCCUGGGGCCAGGAGGAGUCCAUGGGAAGAUGAGGAUCAGUACGAGCAGUUCAUGCUGCCCCUCACUGCUGCCUUCGAGACGGUGGCUCAGAUGUUCAGCACCAACACCUUCAAUGAGCAGGAGGCCAAAAGGACCUUGGUGGGUUUGGUGCGGGAUCUUCGAGGAAUCGCCUUCGCCUUCAACGCCAAGACCAGCUUCAUGAUGCUCUUCGAGUGGAUGUAUCCUUCAAUUCCCAAAAAAUCCCCCAAAUAUCCCAUUCCCCCACAAAAUCCUGUUUUUUUGGGGUUUUUUUAAUGGCUUUUAUAGGAUUUUAUCUCUUUUUUUAAACCCUAAAACACCGUGGUUGCAGUCAAACCCAAAAAGCCACUCCGGGAAGGAUUUUUUGGAUUUUUUUUUCCAGUUUUUUGGAAGGUUUGACCUAUAAAACACAAAAGUUUUUAUGGGAUUCAUCCCAACGGCCCCAAAAACAUUUCCAUGGCCUUUUCCUGAGGAAUCCUUGUCCUUUCAAACACAGGGACAAAUUCCAAAUUUUCUGUUCUUGCUGAAGGUCAGGCCUUGGCAGAUUUUGGGGUUUCCAUUUCCUUCC